CGGAUGCCUCUAAAAUGUCUGUUGUCCGGCCGAUAUAAACACGCGUCGUCUAUGCCGUUUAAUUUCCUGGUUUUUCAUAAAAAACUCAAGAUUAUAUAUAUUUAUUAUUCAUUGAAAACCAUUAAGGUAUCAUAGUUUUUUAUUUUGCGUUUAAAGUUUAACCAGGAACUCACAAAUAAUGGCCGAUGCAGAUGAUCUUUUGGAUUACGAAGAAGACGAACAAAAUGAAACUGUAGAAAACGAUGAUAAAAAACAAACCAAAAAAGAAGUUAAAGGUAAUUAUGUGUCAAUACAUAGUUCAGGCUUCCGUGAUUUCUUAUUGAAGCCAGAAAUCUUACGAGCAAUUGUUGACUGUGGUUUUGAACAUCCAUCUGAAGUACAACAUGAAUGUAUUCCUCAGGCUAUGCUGGGCAUGGACAUCUUGUGCCAGGCUAAAUCUGGUAUGGGAAAAACUGCUGUAUUUGUAUUAUCAACAUUACAACAGUUAGAGGUUUAUGAAAGUGAAGUUUAUGCAUUAGUUCUUUGUCACACAAGAGAAUUGGCAUUUCAGAUAAGUAAAGAAUUUGAACGCUUUACUAAAUAUUUACCAGCAGUCAAGGUCAGUGUUUUUUUUGGUGGUGUACCAAUUACGAAAGAUGAAGAUACAUUAAAGAACAACAAGCCACAUGUUGUAGUUGGUACGCCAGGCCGUAUUUUAGAACUUAUCAGAAAAAAAAAAUUAGUCCUUAAUAAUCUGAAGCAUUUUAUCUUGGAUGAAUGUGAUAAAAUGUUAGAGAUUUUACAUAUGCGAAGUGAUGUUCAAGAAAUAUUUAAGAAUACACCUUUUAAUAAGCAAGUUAUGAUGUUCAGUGCUACACUUAGUAAAGAUAUUCGUCCAGUUUGUAAAAAAUUCAUGCAGCAACCAUUAGAAGUAUAUGUUGAUGAUGAUGCCAAACUAUCAUUACAUGGACUUCAACAGUAUUAUGUAAAAUUAACAGAGAAGGAAAAAAAUAAAAAACUAUUUGAUCUUUUAGAUGAAUUAGAAUUUAAUCAGGUGAUUAUAUUUGUGAAAUCUGUUCAGCGAUGUGUUGUAUUAACAGAAUUGUUGAAUGAACAAAAUUUUCCAUCUGUUGCAAUGCAUGGUGGUAUGUCGCAACAAGAUCGUCUUAAGUUUUACCAAGAGUUUAAAGAUUUCCAAAAACGAAUUUUGGUGGCCACUAAUUUAUUUGGUCGUGGCAUGGAUAUUGAGCGUGUUAACAUUGUCAUCAAUUAUGAUAUGCCAGAAGAUACAGAUACGUACCUCCACCGGGUAGCAAGAGCAGGACGUUUUGGUACAAAAGGACUUGCUAUAACAUUUAUAUGUGAAGAAACAGAUGCUAAAGUGUUAAAUAGUGUUCAAGAUAGAUUUGAUGUUACAAUUGGACGGAUGCCAAAUGAAAUAGAACUCAGUUCAUAUGUUGAGCGAAAAUAAAUUAAUAAACUAUCUUUAACUAUACAAUUGAAAGUAUAUGUUAUUACUUCUUAUGAUACUUGACAUGUAAUUUUCUCAUAUUAUUAACUAGAAUUCACUCUUAACACAAUAAAUGUCAUUGAUAAAUGUGGUUUAUUUCACCUAUGAGUAUUUUUUAUACUCAUAAAUUAAAUUUUGAAAAUAUUUUACCGUUUA